GGCGGGCUGAAGUGCCACAAGAAUGGAAGCGAUCGGCGGGCAAACGUUUCAUUACAUGCUUUGUAACGUUAAUUCCCGCGGACCCUUAUUAGUUUUUUCAUUUCAUUAUCCCUUAUGGUGAGAAGAGACUAACAAAAAAAAAAACACAACCCCGUGUGGACGAAGAGUGACGACUACACGAGGGAUUGUCCAACGAGAGUAAAUGAGAGGUGAAGUUUUAGUUUAGGAUUCACAACUGCCUGACUUGCCAAAGACAUUUUGCUCUAAUGGCUGAACAGCAGCAACAGGAGGAAGCAGAGGGCGUGUAUGUGGAGCACCAGUAUAUGUGCAGCGAGUGCCACCAGCUCUUCAAUACCCUUGAGGAUGUGCUGGUCCACCAACAGAUCCACAUGGGCCAAGAAGGAGAAGGGGAAGGUGAGGUAACAGAGACCAUGACCAUCCAGGGUGUCCCAGAGAUGGGCCAGAGUCAGCAAUACCAGUGUCUGGAGUGCGGGAGCCUCCUCAUGAACCCAGAGGAGCUGCUGCAGCAUCAGGAGAUGCACAUGAGAGAGGUUGGCAUGGAGGUAGAGCAGCAAGAGCUGUGUGAGGUCACGGAGGUAGAGGAAGCCAGAUCAGAGGUUCAGGUGGCAGGACCUGUGCAGUACCAGUGUCUUGACUGUCUGGCUCUGUUUGACUCACCUGAGACCUGGCUGGAGCACCGGCGGACCCACAGCAGGAGCAGCACACAUAGUAACACCGAGACCACAGAGUACGUGUUGCAGCCGGAUGGCACUGUCACUCCACUGAACAACGUGCAGAACUACGUGCUGAGUGAGCAGCAGGCUGGGGAGAUCUUGGCUCAGGUACUUGCACAUCAGCAGCAGCAACAACAACAGAAGAAACACCAGUCUGCUUCUAAAUCUGCUGCAUCCUCCCGCUCCUCUCUGCUGCCUCCCGUGACUCCAACUCCGGGCUCUGCCACCAUGCACCUGCAGAUCCUUACAGCUCAAGCUCUGGCAGACAGCUCCACCACUUCCGGUCGGCGCCGCUCCAAGCUGCCCCCUCUGUUGCCCUCUGUGGGCCGCAGCUCUUCAGUAAAGCUGGAGAACGGCAUCCAGAGACUGGAGUUAAGGCUGGCCCCCGGUGUCCAUGCUGACAACCAGCAGCAGCAGUCAACAGAGGUGGUGGUCAUCCACCCAUACGAAUGCUCAGAGUGCUCCCUUCUCUUCCAGACACCAGAGGACUUCCUCCAGCACCAGGGAGAUCACUUCUUGGGCCAGGACAAAGAGAGUGGCGAGCCAGGGGUCAUGAGUGGGUUUGAGGAGGUGCGAUGGAGGGAAGAGAUGACAGAAAAGGUGGAGGACAUACGCAUCAGAGGGGCAGAGAAGAAAACCGCCACAUGGGCUAAACCCCAACAGUGUGAGCUCUGCAACCGUACCUUCACCUCAGUCAACCGUCUGGCUGCUCACAGGCGUGUGCAUGAACAAGGAACACACGAAUGUCCAGAGUGUGGGAAGGUGUUCAAGAAGGCAACAUCGCUGCAGACGCACAUGCGCACACACUCUGGCGUGGCCCGUUAUCUGUGUGUGGACUGUGGCAAUGGCUACACCACCGAGAUGACUCUCAUCAUGCACAGGAAGUCCCACACUGCAGAUCCCCUUCACAAGUGUCAUUUCUGCAACAAAACUUUCACCAACAUGACCAAGUAUCUCUACCACCGUCGGAUCCACCUCAACCGUGACACAUCUGGCACAUCCAUCCCUCUCUCAACGGUCUCGGCUCCAAGACGAGCGUCUUCAUCAGCUCUUGCCAUCCUACAGAGAGCAAGGAUGAAAAAGUAUUUCCCCAAUGAGGCAAAAAUAGACCUGCUGGCUCCUCUCACUGAGGAAGAGAUGGUAAAAUUGGCAGAUCCCAAAGAAAGUCCUCAGAACAAAGCUGAAAGACGUGAAGAUGAGAAGAAGGUGGAGGACAACAGCAUGGAGGUGUCUGAGGCACGUGAAGAAAAACUUGACCUACAGGAGGUGAAAGAUGGCGCCGUUUCAGAGCCUGCUCCCCUGGAUGACAUGGGUGUGGAGGUCUCCUCUAGCUGCACAGAUGAAGCAGACAUUGCCUCAGCUGCGUCAUCAGAAAAAGGCUCUUUCUCCUGUCGUUCAUGCCCUAAAACAUUCACCUCCCAGCUGCAGCUAGUACAACACAGGCGCAAGUCCCACGUCCCUGAGCGCAGCUUUGUAUGUGGCAUGUGUGGAAAGUCUUUUAAGAAGCAGAUCCAUGUGCGAAACCACAUACGCACACAUACCGGUGAGAGGCCCUUCCAGUGCUCGGACUGUGGCAAAACCUUCUCGUCUCUAGCCAACCUGACGAGGCACAACCUCAUCCACUCAGGUGUGCGGCCGUACCGCUGCGAUGUCUGCCACCGCUCCUUCUCCCAGUCAUCUAACCUUCGUCAGCACAGCCUGCUGCACUCUAGCGCUGCCAUGCUGAGCUGCCCCGACUGUCCCGCCACCUUCCGCUGGCCCACCAAGUUGGCAGCACAUCGCUUCACCCAGCAUCCAGGAUCUCCAGCACCUUUUCCCUGUUUUCACUGUGAGGCUGGCUUCCUGACCAAUAGGCAGCGAGAAAGCCACUGUCUGGAGGAGCACCCUGGGCUGAUGCAGGCAGCUAAAGAGUUAGAGGAGGGCAAAAAGACCGACGACCAAGCAGAGGUGGGAAAAGAUCUGACCUUGGAGCCCUCCACCUCAACUUCAGAGUCAGGGGAUUCAGCCAGCCUUGUGAGGGGGAGCCUGGAUUGCAACAUUUGUGGGAAGAAGCUCAAUUCUCCCGCCAAUCUACGACUUCACAGGCUGAGCCAUUUCGCCUUGGGACCUGGGCGGCCACGGUGCACCCAGGGGAAGCGGCCUAAAGCUCACCAGUGUCCUCUCUGUGGCAAACUGUUUGUGUCAUCCUCUGGAGUUGCGCUUCACCAGCGCGUCCACACCGGUGAGCGCCCAUUCCCCUGCCAAGUGUGUGGGAAGCGCUUCCGUCAGAACACACACCUGCGAGAACACCUGCGCACACACUCGGGCGAAAGGCCGUUCCGUUGUGAGAUCUGCGGAAAGGGUUUCAUCCAGAGCAUGCACCUGGCAGAACACCGUCGAACACACACUGGUGAGCGGCCACACGUGUGCCCCCUGUGCGGCAAAGCCUUCAAGACCUUCUCCAACCUGAGGAACCAUAAAAAGACCCAUGCGAGGCAGCAGAGGCUGGACGAGGAAGCUGCCGCCCAAGCUGCCCUGGAGGCCAGCUCUGCUGUGGCUGUGGUGGACGCUUCAGCUGUCGAGGUAUCAAACGGGCAGCCUCAGGUUAUCCAGAUCCAAUCCUCGGAUCUACAGCAGGCGCCAACCAUCAUGUGUAAUGAGUUUGGGGAGACCAUCGCCAUCAUUGAGACCAGCGAGGGAGCGGUUCUGCCUCUGGAGCAGGCCCUGGAGAUCUACCACACAGCUAUAGAGAACGGACUCGCCAUGGACACAGUCGCUGUGGAUGGACUGCAGCUCCUCUGAGUCGCCAAAAAAUAGAAUUUAUCAUUGAGAGCUGUCAGUGCGAGUCCUGAUCGUGACUUAGAGACUAAUUGACUACUGUGAGGAGGAGAAUUGAGGACUGAAACCAGCUAAUUAUGGACUGGACAAGCGUACUGAAACAAGAUGACAAAAUUAUUUUGGCAAACAGACCAAAGUAUGUCCUCUUUCCUGUUUUACAAAUCUCUGAGAUGGCUCAGCAUUAAAAUAUAAUGAAACGAAGCUCACUAAAAUAAAGGAUAUGCUGUUAAUGGUGAAUAAGGACCACUGGUUGUGCCACAGAUCAUAUUUGUAUUAUUAAUGGUAUAAUUUUUAUCAUUUGGAUGUAAUUUUUGUUUUCUUCUGUUUAAAUAUUUGGUCAACUUGUUAAUAAAUCAAAUCAAUAAAUGUC